AUGUUGUCCCGAUUCAAGACCAUCUUGAAGAAGCGCAAGCUAAAGCUUUCGGUCCUUAGACCUACCAAGCCUGCUCGUAUCCGACACCUCGACGACGCUACCUACCGCAUAGACGAGGACGGGAUGGUUGUUGCCACGAUCAAGUGUGUGGUUGUCGGCGACGGUGCUGUCGGCAAGACAUGUCUGCUUAUCUCCUACACCACCAACAAGUUCCCUUCGGAAUAUGUCCCGACAGUCUUUGACAAUUAUGCUGUGACGGUGAUGAUCGGGGAUGAACCAUACACCCUUGGGCUGUUUGAUACGGCCGGACAAGAGGAUUACGACCGACUUCGACCUUUGUCAUACCCACAGACUGAUGUCUUCCUCGUUUGCUUCUCCGUCACCUCCCCAGCGUCGUUCGAGAACGUUCGAGAGAAAUGGUUCCCCGAGGUCCAUCACCAUUGUCCCGGCGUCCCAUGUCUGAUCGUUGGAACGCAAACCGAUCUUCGAGAUGAUCCGCAGGUCCGCGAUAAGCUCGCUAAGCAGAAGAUGCAGCCUGUUCGAAAAGAAGACGGCGAAAGAAUGGCCAAGGAACUGGGUGCUGUCAAAUAUGUCGAAUGCAGUGCAUUGACUCAAUACAAACUGAAGGAUGUGUUUGACGAGGCAAUCGUGGCAGCUCUGGAACCUCCCCCCAAGAAGAGUAGUAAGAAGUGUACGAUUCUUUGA